AUGCCGAAACGAAAAUGUUGUGAACAUCCGAUAAAGCAUGAAAAAUCUACACGUGUACCAAAAGGAGUAGUGGCUGUGUCAUCACAGCUAUCGAAAUUUUUGAUUUCUCAAUAUGAUGUGGCUUACACCCGAAUUUGCUGGUUAUGUCCAAGAUGUCAUGCAUUUGAAUCGAAGAAAAUGAUGACUCAUCAAUCAAUGGAAUUCAACGACGAUGAAAGUCCAAGUGGUGAUGAACUCAUGACAGAAGAUUCUUCUGUCAAUGAUGGCGAAAAUGAUGAUGAUUCUGUCAAUGUGGAGUUUAAUGAUCUGAAUGAAGAAGAGAAACAGAAUCCUCAUAUGGACAGUGGUAUCAUAGCUGAGUCAAAUGACGAUGAUGAUGAAUCACCACGUAUGGAUGAAGAGACAGGUCAUGUUUUCUAUGAACUCGAACACCAGAAAGACAAAGCAAUGGAAGAAUUAUCAAAUAUAUUCAAGCUAUUGAACAUAGGCCCGAUUCAUGACAGGUUAGUUUGUAAAUUUAAUCCGAAUUUUCCGGAACGACAUUGA